CACUGAGCAGGCGUGGUAAAUCAACAUGGCGGAUGUGAAAAAGAAGUGUUCGUCUAGAUUUCCUCAAUUGGAUUUUAAUUCAUUGGAUAUACAGCCAUAGAGAUGAUAUAUAUGGAAAAAAUUUAGUAUGAACUACAUGUCAAUCGAAGUAUAGUUUGAUAAGUUGCAUAUCGAAGCAUGAAAACAUCGCAGAAGUAAAAUUAUUGGUUUGUUUUUGUGAAUAUUUUUUUCUGUUGAAUUUUUGAGGUGACAUUGCAGAUUGGAGUGAAUUGAGAGACUAGGAUUAGUAAACAGCAUAAUAGGACCAUUUUUAUAAUUAAAAGAAUACGACGCCUACAAUAUGUCAUUUCUAAAAAGUUUCAAGAAACUUUUCUCAUCAAAAGCUGAUGAAGAGGAAAAGAAGAAAAAACAAGAAGAACGUUAUAAUUUACUACGACGUGAAGAUCCAACAGAGAUAUGGGAAAUUAUUGGUGAAUUAGGUGAUGGGGCAUUUGGAAAAGUCUACAAAGCCAAGAAUAAAAAGAAUGGGUUGCUGGCUGCUUUGAAACAAGUAGAAAUCAAAGAUGAUGAGGAGCUCCAGGACUUUAUUGUGGAGAUAGAGAUUUUAACAGAAUGCAAACAUAAAAAUGUUGUAGGAUUACACGAAGCUUUCCUCUACAACAAUAAAUUAUGGAUGUACAUAGAAUUCUGUGGCGGAGGUGCUGUAGACAGUAUAAUGCUGGAGCUGGAGAAACCUCUUACAGAGCCACAGAUAAGGUCUAUAUGUAAAGAAAUGGUCGAAGGUCUCGAAUUCUUGCAUCAGAAUAAAGUGAUUCACAGGGACAUGAAAGCUGGCAAUGUGCUGCUUACUUUGGAUGGCCAAGUAAAACUUGCUGAUUUUGGUGUAUCUGCAAAAAAUGCCAAGACCAUUCAGAAGCGUGACUCGUUUAUUGGGACCCCUUAUUGGAUGGCCCCGGAAGUUAUCCUUUGUGAAACAUUGAAGGAUUCACCAUAUGAUUACAAGGCAGAUAUAUGGUCACUAGGUGUAACACUGAUAGAGUUUGCAGAGAUGGAGCCACCCAACCAUGAGAUGCAUCCAAUGAGAGUGCUGAUUAGGAUACAGAAGUCAGACCCACCUACUCUUUGUGCCCCCUCUAGAUGGUCGAAGGAGUUCAGCAAUUUCAUAGCUGCGUGUUUAGUGAGAGAUCCUGAGGCUAGACCCACGCCAAGUGCUUUACUCAAGCACCCAUUUCUGUGCAAUGUUGAUAGUAAGCCUAUCAUAGAACUCAUCAGUGAAGCUAAAGCUGAAGUUGUAGAGACGGUGGAAGACAUUGAUGAUGAAACCAGGAUACCUAAGGCUGAUUCAGAUACUAAAUCUGUUGAUAACUUAGAUAUUGAUGUAGACAAACUUUCCCUGACAUCCUUGGAUAGCAAUAGGUCUGCUCCCAUGACACCGGUGGCUGCACAGCGUGAUAUCAAGCUAUCUCGUGAUUCCCAAGACCUCGGCAAAAUACAUACCCCUGUAUCUUCCCCCGAAUCAACUCCACCGCCAGGAGACAAGAAUGGAAAUGAUGCAGAUUAUGAACAAAUCGAUGAAGAGGCUAUUACCUCCCCAAGCGUUGAUAUCAGUAAUAUUCCCCCACCUCCUGAGUUCAGAGGAGCACAGAAAGAGGACACCACCAAAGCAGAAGAUGAGACUCUAAGACACCUUGAUGAAACCCUAGACAUGUUGGAUGAUUCUAUCGAACCAGAAUGUCCAAUAGAGGUCACUGUAACAGAUGGUGAUGCACCUAUCGAACCACCACCUCCAAUAUGUGACCAACCUUUACCUAAAGUGCCAUCGGGUGAUGCAGACAAUGCCACCAUAAAUGACAUUCCUGACAUAGUGCAGGAUGUUGACAACAAGGCUGUAAGUACUCCAGAUGAUAAACCAAGUGAUCUGGACUCUAAAGAUGAUCUAAUCACUAAGAUUAUUGGAGGAGAGAUAACUAUCCCCGGUGAUGCGACUGAACCUUGUGCCAAUGACUCUAUUACUACCCCUGACCUUGGGGUGACUGAGCCCCCUCCUCCAUCUUCCCCCGAGGUAAAGGAACCUUCUCCUAUUCUAGAAAAUGUAGAUCCUUGUAAAAAAGAUGGCUCUGAUUUGGACAUUAACAAAACUGACACUAUUGAACCCCCUGUAGAGGAUUCUGAGAAAGAUACUGUAAAACCUGAAUCUGAAUCCAACAUGGAUUCUUCUGAAAUUAAACCCAGCAUGGAUGGUGAAGGUGGUGUAGUUAAGGAACCUAGUGAGGAGUCCUCCCAUAGAGACCUUGAGACUUUGGACGAGAGCCCAGAGCUUAAAAAGAAGGAAGAAGAACCAGUUACAAAUGAUAAGAAUAAUGAAGUGGUCGCUGAAGAGGUUUACAAAGACAUUGUUGAAGAUGUGAUCAAAUCUGACAAGACACAGCCAUCAAUACCUGCUAUUGUAUUGGACACUGUGCAAGAUAUUGUGUCUGAUCAAACAGAAGAUAAACCUGAAGAUAAGGAAGUUAAAGAUGCAGUAAAAGACAUUGAACAAAAUGAAGUGAAAGACACUACUACUGUUGAACCUAACGAGACCCAGGAGGCAAAGAUCACAGUCAUAGAUGAUGUUGUCAUUGAUGACAAAUCAGAAAAACCCAAACAACCCGACCCUGUUAUAACAAUACAUGGUCAUAAUCUACCAGAAAAGAGCUCUAUGAUUAUCAAUGGCCAUGCUGUAAAACAGGGGGAUAAUGAAAAGAAGGAGUCCAAUGGAGGUCUUCCUUCCCCAUCAUCCUCUACCUCAUCAAUGUCUGAUAGGUCAUCUGAGGUCAGCACAAACUCUUCAGUGAAAGAGGAGUUCAAAAAGCCACUUCCAGUUGAUCGGGCAAAUGAUGGUAAAAUCUCUGGUGUGCAGUAUAGGAAAAAACAGGCCCCAGUUAAACAACAGGAAUCAACCAAGAAAACUAACUACAGAACUCUUACAAAGGUGCGUAAAUAUGUGGUCGAUGGAGUUGUGAUGACAUCAUCAACACAGAAAACUGUUAUCGCUGGAGAUGAGAACAAAUAUAAGGAAGAGCAUGAAUGGAGGAAACAAGACCUGAGAGAGCUGAAAAUGCUACAGAAGCUUGAGAACAGACAGUACCAGGAGCUAGUCUACAAGGCUGCUUACAUGAGGGAACAACAAGAGAAAAAGUUUGAAACAGAAAUGCAGAACCUUCUGAAGAACUAUGAGCAAGACAUAGAGACCCUCAACAGGCAACAGAAGCAACAGGUUGAGAAGGCAGAAAUAAACCAGGGACUUGACAUCAAAAAUGCAUCAAAGAAAAUAAAGAUGGAUCAGGAGAGAGAUGCCAAGGCAUUCAGAGAAAGUCUCAAACAAGAACUGAAAUUAUUAAAACAUGAAAUAGACAUGUUACCGAAAGAAAUACGUAGAGAUACUAUGAAACGUAAGCGAGAUGAGAAAGAUGCUGAGCAUGCUGAUAGAGAGAGGCAAUUCUUGGAGAAACAAACAGACAGCAUGGAGAAGUCAAUGAAGAGACUUUCAGAUCAACAUAGGGAAAAGAUAGCCAUGUUGGAGAAACAGUUUCUACAACAAAAGCAACAGUUACUUAGAGCUAGGGAAGCUGCUAUUUGGGAGCUUGAAGAACGUCAGCUCCAUGAGAAACACCAGCUUGCCAAACGUCAGCUGAAAGAUCUGUUCUUCCUUAAGAGACACCAGAUGCUCACCAGGCAUGAACGAGAGUUGGAACAGGUGCGUCGAAUCAACGGUCGCAAAGAGGAAGAAAUGCAACGACGUCACACCCUAGAGAAGAAACGUCUUCCGAAAAUUCUCCGGAAUGAGGCUAAGACCAGGAUGCAAAUUUACCGCCAGAGUCUUAGAAUCAGUUCUAUGGGUGCACCUGAUGCAGAGAAAGAUAAGAUUAGAUCUUUUGAGGACUCUGAGAAGAAGAGGAUGAAGGCUGAGCAGAUACGCCAGGAGAUGAAGCAUAAGAAACAAUGGGAGGAGGUCAGGGAGAGAGAUGAGGGACUUAUGAAAGAAUUAGAGCAAUUACAGGCUGAGAAGCGUAAGAUGCUAAUGGAGCACGAAACGCAGAAAAUUAAGGAAUUAGAGGAUCAGUACCAGACUGAACUAAAGGAGUGGAAAGGACAACUUAGGCCAAGGAAACAGCAAUUGGAGUCUGAAUUUGUGCGUCAGCAACAAGAACAAGAAAAAUUCUAUGGCAAUUUAAAUAACACUGGUACAAUGAACUCUCCUAAAGCUGCAGGUAAUGGGACAUUCAAAAAGAACGCCAGUUCCCGGGCGUCAACAGCAAUAUAGUUUAGUCUGCAUACUAGCUCAUUCUUUUGUACAUAAUGUGUAUAAAGAAUAUUUGUACAUGAAUUUGUAAAGCUGAGGUUGUUAUAGCCUCGAAUUGUAUUUAUCACUUAUACACAGUGGAUAUUGGUUGGAAAAUGGAGACACUGACAAAUUAUUAGUUGAUAUAUUGUAUAGUACCACCAUAUUGAAGAGGACAGCAUUGAUAUUUUUGGAGGCGAUGCUGUUAGGAGAGCACUGUCGCUUAAAAUGAGAACAAAACAUGAAGAAAGCGUUGCACAAACACUGGUGCUUAAAAGAAGCGUUGAGAGGGGGUUUGUCACAAUUCCACAAUAAUUUUUCUCAUCCUUCAACAUCAUGCCUAUUUUUUUAAAAUCCAUCAAUUGGGACUUUAUUUAGGAUAUCUGUCAAAUUUAUUUGGACAUUUCUGCAUAUUAAAAUCUAAAAUAGCUUCUCAUUUUGUUCAGAUUCUCUUUGAUUCAGUCUCAAUUCUUUAUUCAGAGACUUUGGCAUGCUUUGAGAAGAUUGCCUCUUCAAUUUUACAAUAACAGGAGAACACUGUUGCUGGAAGAACAAACAACAUCAUAUUAUGAUAUUCUGAUGAAUCUGAAAAAUAUUACUGUGAAAUGUUAUACAGGACCAAUGUAUAAUAUGGUAUACAAUAAUGCAUUUACUUUUCUUUAAGAGAAUUGUAUUCCUUAUUUCUUUAUUGAAGUUUUAAUAGAAAGAAAUGCCGCCUGUAUUAUACAGAUACAUUGAAUAUAAUCCUUAGUGUUGUACAUCAUUAGGGUUAUCUAUAUAAUGAGGUAUUUUACACUUUGUUAACAGCAUGUCUCUAAAUGUGCCUUAUGUCAGAUAUAUUUUGCUCACAUGUGUACAUCGCACAAAAUUGCCAAUUUUCUAAGAAACCUGCCACUUGAGUUGAAUUCUUUGCCAACCAAGGGGUCUUUCAAAAUAGGCUGACAUUUAUAAUGUUUUUGGGGGUCUCUAUGAAUAUUCAGUUUCGUGAAUUGUGAACGACGGAAUUAGAUUUUUCACAAUUUCGAAAAUACAUUGUGAAACAAACAAAUGAAUUUCCCUAAAUGAUUUCCUACUAGGCUACUUCUCAAAUGCACUCAUACUAGUGAGAAAUGGGAAAAUAUGAUACUUUGAGAUCACACACUGUAUACAAAAACAUCAUCUUAAUAUCGACCAACCAUAUCAAUCAAGUUGUAAUGUUGAUAAUAUGAAUAUUAAAGUAAACCUUAUACUAUAUCAUCAAUUAUAUCCAUAUCACAUGUCAUUCCCCAACCAAUUAUAUGGCU